GGCAAGCGUCUGGCAGUCGUCAAUUCCAAAUUUCCAUGGGCAACAUCUUCAGCUCCGCCCGCGUCGCCGAACUCGAGAAGGAGGUCGCCGAGCUCAAGGAGCAGGUCGGUACGCUCCAGAAAGAGGCCACGACACUCAAGGAUGCCCACAACGUGGACCUCGAGGCGCUUCGCACGCACAAGGCCGAGCUCGAGCGCGUCAAGGCCGAGCUCGAGCUGCUCAAGAGCGACAAGAACGCGGCCGACGAGCUCGCGACGGCCAACGCACUCAAGGCCGCCGAGCAGCGCGCGCAGCUCGAACAAAAGGUGCGCGAGCUCGAAGCGACGAUCCUCGAGCGCCGCUUGAACGACGUGCGCCACGUCGAUGACGGCAGCUUUGUGCGCAUGAAGGGCAACCUCGGGUUCGACUCGCAGGCCUUUCCGUUCACGAACCUCAUCGCGGGCCACCUCGCCGACGGCACGCUUGUGCUCCGCGUGCAGCUGCGCGAUGAAUACCUCCGUGUGCCCGCCGACAUUCAGCGCUUCAAGCAGUCGAUCGCGAUCAUGCAAACGCUCAAUGGCGCGGACGACCAUUUGCUGCGCCUCGUCGGCGGCUGCGACCUCGAGACGGACAACCCAAUUGCGUUCCUCGAGUACUUUCCCGGCACGGACCUCCAGACGUUUGUGCGGCAGAACGAAGAGCUUUCUUGGCACAAGAAGCUCGACAUUGCGCACCAGAUCGCGACGGCGUUGGUUGCAGUGCACAACAAGGCGAUGCUGCACCGCGAUCUCAACUGGUCGCGCGUCUUCAUCGCCUCCGAUGGCCGCAUCAAGGUCUUUGUCGGUCUCAACGCGCGCGACCGCCCGGCGGGCCACCCGGCCAACGGCGUCACGGACGACCGCUGGGGCGCGCCCGAGACGCUUCACGGCACGUACACGGACAAGAGCGACAUCUUUUCGCUUGGCCUCAUUUUGAUCUCGCUCAUCACGCGCGAUUUGCCGUUCACGUACCUCACGACGCAGCGCAACUACCCGAUCGACGACGACCUCCUCAAAGAGCGUCUCAAGAGCACGGUCGACGGCUACUUGACGCUCACGGCGCCGUUUGGCGAAGCACCCCCGGCCUUUAUGAUUUUUGCCCUGUCGUGCAUCUCGUUUGCGCCGGCCAAGCGCCCGACCGCGUCCGAAGCCGUGCGCCGCCUCGAGGAGCAGCUCCAAGAGAUGGCCGAGAAGGAGGCCAACGUGACGCCCGUGAGCACGGCGCGCCCCGUCGUCGCCAUCGACCUGACGCUCUCGAAAGCGUCCGGGCUCUCGUCGACCUCGUCGACCUUGUACUGCACGGUGGCCCUCGACGAUGCGAGCCGGACUGCGCUCGACACGACGCCGGUCAAGAGCGAGGGCGGCGUGUACUGCUGGCCGACGCCGCUGACGUUCAGCGACGUCAAGCCGCUCGAAUCGAUGCUCGACUUUACGCUCAUGGCCAAGGGCAUGUUCUCGGACUCCAAGGUCGGCAAGGCAUCGAUGCGAUUGGAGGAUCUGCUCAGCGUCGACGACGACGACGCGACCGAGACGCCGAGCCUCGACGCGCCACGCACGGCGACGGUGGAUCUCUUCUCGAGCGGCGAGCGCAAGGGAUCGCUCGAGGUGUCGGUGACGUUCAGCGCCGACCUCCGGUCGUACCUCGCACUGUACGUCGAAGAGAAGACGAAGCUCAUCAGCUUCUACGCAGGCAAAAACGCCAACCACAACAGCGACUACCAGCGGAAACGCGACAUGGCUGCCGUGCUCCUUGCGACCUCGCAUCCCUAACCGCAUUGUAUCAACUUGAUACUACCCUUUGCAUUUCUG